AUGUUUGAAAAUGGAAGUGUUGUUUAUUCAUCGUGUAUUCCUAGCGAAUCCCAGAGUGGUGAAAGCUCUGGAAGCGGUGAGAGUACUGAAGCGCAAUGGAAUACUGCAGAGGGAGAUAACGAUGGUUGCGCCAGUCCCGCGCUACAACAUGCGAGCCCUCCAGCGGUGAUAAGGCUCUUGGAUGUUGAUAUCCCUCACAUUCUUCCUGGCUCAGCUGGCGUGCAUGAGAGUGGCUUACUGGACGUCGCCAGUUUAUCGAUUGCCUGCUGCUACAGGAGUUCAGGGCAUUUGCGCGACAAGUUGAAAGAAACGCAGACAUCAAUUUUCAAUUGGGGAGGCAGGGACCACGCUUCUCUGCACGACCUGAUCCUCUUCUACCGCCACAAAGAUUUCCAAUUCAGAAUAGGAGAUGAGUCCAGACUCGGGGCGAAGAUUCUUAGCGUGAUCGAGAUGCUAAACUCAAAACUCGAGUUAACUGAUGCUAUGUUUUCAUUUGAGCGAAUCAUCCUGCACACUCGGACGGUUCGAUACCUACCAUCAGAUAAGCUGCUAGAAUUGAGCGACUUCGUUGCUGCAGUGGGAAUCAACCGCCACACAAUGGGCGAGCUGAAGGAGUACGUGCAGCAGAGGAUCUGCAUACACGGGCUCAAAACUACGAGGGUUCUGAUGAAGUUUGUCAAAUUGGAGGAUGCUAAAUCGUUAUGUUAA